AUGAGGCACCCGCUCCCGCGGGGGCAGGAGCCCCCCGCGGCUCCGGCGCGCCGGUCCCUGAGAUGUCACUGAAUGCCGAAAGCCAUGCAGCUACGUCGACGCUGAAGAAGAUCGCUGCAGACAUGAGCAACAUCAUCGAGAGCCUGGACACGAGGGAGCUCCACUUCGAGGGGGAGGAGGUCGACUCGGAGGUGCUAAAUGACCCAAAAGGCGCCGUGUGCAUUCCCUUCUCUGCCAUCUAUCACACCCAUGGGUUCAAAGAGCCGGCCACGCAGACGUACCUCACGGGAUGUCCUGUUCGAGUGCGUGUGUUGGAAGUUGAACGCUUUACUUCCACAAAGAAGGUCCCAAGCCCCAACGUUUACACCAUCGAGCUGACCCAUGGAGAGUUCACGUGGCAGGUGAAAAGGAAGUUCAAGCACUUCCAGGAGUUUCACAGGGAGCUGCUGAGGUACAAAGCCUUCGUGCGCAUCCCUAUCCCUACCAGGAGUCACACGGUGAGAAGACAAUCCAUCAAAAGGGGAGAACCGCGGCAGAUGCCGAGCCUGCCGCACACCGCGGAGAGCACGGUGCGGGAGGAGCACUUCUCCAGCAGGAGGAAACAGCUGGAAGACUACUUGACAAAGAUCCUAAAAAUGCCGAUGUACAGGAACUACCAUGGAACAAUGGAGUUCAUUGCAGUAAGCCAGUUGUCGUUCAUCCAUGACCUGGGACCGAAGGGCAUGGAAGGGUUGAUCAUGAAGCGCUCCGGGGGCCACCGCAUACCUGGCCUGAACUGCUGCGGCCAAGGAAGGAUGUGCUACCGAUGGUCCAAAAGGUGGCUGGUGGUGAAGGACUCUUUCCUGCUGUACAUGAAGCCAGACUCGGGGGCCAUUGCCUUUGUCCUGCUGGUAGAUAAGGAGUUCAACAUUAAGAUAGGCCAGAGAGAAACGGAAACAAAGUACGGGUUGCAGAUCGACAAUCUCUCUAGGUCGCUGAUUUUGAAGUGUAACAGCUACAGACAUGCCCAGUGGUGGAGGCAGGGCAUAGACGAGUUCAUUCGGAAACACGGCAAGGACUUCCUCACAGCGCACCGCUUCGGCUCUUACGCAGCCGUGCAGGAGAACACGCUGGCCAAGUGGUAUGUAAACGCUAAGUGGUACUUUGAAGAUGUCGCAAAUGCCAUGGAAGCCGCUAAGGAAGAAAUUUUCAUCACAGAUUGGUGGCUGAGCCCAGAAAUCUUCAUGAAACGACCUGUCGUGGAAGGAAAUCGCUGGCGGUUGGACUGCAUUCUCAAACGGAAAGCACAACAAGGAGUGAGAAUUUUUGUUAUGCUGUACAAAGAGGUGGAGCUUGCCCUAGGGAUCAACAGUGAAUAUAGCAAGCGGACACUCAUGCACCUCCAUCCAAACAUUAAGGUGAUGAGACACCCAGACCACGUGUCCUCCUCCGUGUACCUCUGGGCCCACCACGAGAAGCUCGUCAUCGUUGACCAGUCCGUGGCAUUUGUGGGUGGCAUCGACUUGGCGUACGGCAGGUGGGAUGAUGACGAGCAUCGCCUGACCGACGUGGGCAGCGUCAAACGAAUGGCGGCAGCGAAGUCGGUGUCGACGGCCAACCUGGCAUCUGCAGCGGAGUCGUCUGAACAUGUCCCCCUGCAGUCUCAAGCUCUGUCCCCAGAAAGCCACUUGUUCCAGAGAAAUGCUGAUGAUGCCCCAGACAUAUCAAAAAUGAAAGGAGUAGGAAAAUCCAAGAAGUUUUCAAGGUUCAGUAUUUACAAGCAUCUCCAUAAACACGGCAUGCACCACGCUGACAGCGUCAGCAGCAUAGACAGUGAAUCAAGUUACUGUAACCCCACUAGAAGUCAACCGAAUAUAAUCCAGAGUUUAAAGCCCCAUCUGAAAAUGUUCCAUCACCACAAUGAAUCCAAACAGGGGCUCGCUGAGCCUCAGGAGGAUAAAGGAUCCAUCCGCAGCUUGAAGACGGGUGUUGGCGAGCUGCUUGGGGAAACCAGGUUCUGGCACGGAAAAGACUAUUGCAACUUUGUCUUUAAAGACUGGGUUCAACUUGACAAACCUUUUGCUGACUUCAUUGACAGAUACACCACCCCGAGGAUGCCCUGGCAUGACAUCUCCUCCGUGGUGCACGGCAAAGCAGCGCGUGAUGUCGCCCGACACUUCAUCCAGCGCUGGAAUUUCACCAAGAUUAUGAAGCCCAAAUACCGAUCCCUGUCCUACCCAUUCCUGUUGCCAAAAUCUCAGCAAACUGCUAAUGAGUUGAAGUACCAGGUGCCUGAGGCUGUUCAUGCCACAGUCCAGGUGAUCCGUUCUGCUGCUGACUGGUCGGCCGGCAUUAAAUACCACGAGGAGUCCAUCCACAAAGCCUACAUCAGCGUGAUAGAAAACAGCAAGCACUACAUAUAUAUAGAAAACCAGUUUUUUAUUAGCUGUGCUGAUGACAAAGUUGUCUGGAACAAGAUCGGCGAUGCAAUCGCUCAGAGGAUUCUUAAAGCUCACAGGGAAAACAAGCGUUUCCGAGUAUACGUGGUGAUCCCGCUGCUGCCUGGGUUUGAAGGAGACAUUUCGACUGGCGGGGGCAACGCGCUGCAGGCCAUAAUGCACUUCAACUACAGGACCAUGUGCAGAGGAGAAAACUCAAUCCUGGGCCAGCUGAAGACAGAGGUUGGAGAUAAGUGGAUAAACUACAUAUCAUUCUGUGGACUUCGAACAUAUGCAGAGUUGGAAGGAAGGCUAGUCACGGAGCUCAUCUAUGUUCACAGCAAACUGCUCAUUGCUGAUGACAACACCGUUAUAAUCGGCUCUGCCAACAUCAACGACCGCAGCAUGCUGGGGAAGCGGGACAGCGAGAUGGCCAUCAUCGUGCAGGACACCGAGACAGUCCCCUCCGUGAUGGACGGGGAGGAUUACAGCGCUGGGAAGUUUGCCCAGUCCCUCCGGCUGCGGUGCUUCAGGGUUGUCCUUGGCGGCUCCGAUCUCAGUCCGGAACACCAGGAUCCCGUCUGCGAAAAAUUCUUCAAGGAGGUGUGGAUUUCGACGGCGGCUCGCAAUGCCACCAUCUUUGAUAAGGUUUUUCGAUGCCUUCCCAGUGACCAGGUGAAUAAUUUAACCCAACUGCGUGAUUUCAUCAACAAGCCCAAAUUAGCAAACGAUGAUCCUGCGAAAGCAGCAGAAGAAUUAAAAAAGAUUCGUGGGUUUUUAGUACAAUUCCCCUUUCGUUUUCUGGAGGAAGAGUACUUGCUUCCUUCCGUUGGCACAAAGGAGUCCAUGGUACCCAUGGAGGUUUGGACUUAAGAAGAUGAGGACGCUUUUAGGUUUUAAAGUCUGGUUCUCUAGAGACAAGUUGAUGAACAAUAUGGGAUUUUGGAAAGCUUUUUGUUGCUAAGGGAGGUGAAAAAGAUCUCCACCAAGCUAAUGUGCCUUUCUUAAGGAUUUUGGUGGAGGAACCUGAAGCAAAUUGACACAAGCAAAGGAGAGGAGCAGAAAGACUUGGAAAUUAUGGCAAAUGAGAAGUUUAACCUCUGAAGGAGUUACUUCUUAAGACAUGUUCUGAGCACCUAAAGGAUGCAGGCCACUUCCUAGGACAGGAAACAAAUUCCCAUCGAUGUUGUUACUACUACCAGCUGUAUACUGUGGUUGCAAACGUACUGUCAUCGUGCUGUGGCUGCACAGGAGUUGUGGGCUGCGUGUGCUUUCUAAGGCUUUCGGGUAUCUGCGCCUUGGCUCGCUGGAGUCCCCCCAUCUCACCCCUUUGUACGCCGUCAGAGCACGUCAUGCAGCUCUGGCGCUGUCGGGAAGUGCUGCUUGGUGCUGCCUUGGGCUGUCCUACAGCUUGCUAAGCGUAGGCUUUUCACUUCUUAAAUGGAAACGGACUAACAAUCUUCUAUCAGAAUCAGCAUUUCGGUCUCCUCUCCCCUCUGGGGGAAAAAAAUCCCCUGUUUCUACCACAGCUAGAGCAAUCAGCAGUCCUCACGCGCAGCAUGGUGCUGCCCAGGUCUUAGCAAAGGGCAGCCUCGAUGGAGCCGGAGGUGCUGGAAAUCACUGGCGUUUACUGGCCUUUACAGAACGCAGCACGUCGGUUUGUUCAAAUUGUGCGUGAAGGCCUUCUCCAGGAGAGAAUCAAGGUUUAAACUCAAGCCUUAGAUCUCCGGAGCUGAAGGAAAGCAAGGCACUGCAUGUAAUGGGACAGAAACUUGAAAGCCAGCAUGGGCCAGACUAAGCUCUGCGCUCUGGGUCCUCCAUUCAUGCAUUUAGGUGGCAGUACAUAGGUAGACUUUUCUUUCCAUCCCUUUCCUCCCUUUCUAAAGGAAGGGAAAGGCCAUUAAGCUAGAGCUGAAGCCAUGCUCAAACUGAGCUGACAUGUCGCUUUGUAGAUGGGGUGAACGCAAGGGGGAAGGGGAGCAGUUGGCAAAGCGUUGUCUCUGGUCUACUUUGCUGUUAGACCAGCCGCAAUCUUGAGCUCAGUCGUGCAGGACGUGCCUUCCCAAGCACAAGUAAAGCACAGCAUGCCCAGUCCUGUUUUUCGUUUCUGUAAGACAGUUUCCAAAGCUAUUUUACAUCUCACUGUGCUGCGAAGCAGCAAUUCGGUUCAGCAUCCUUGGGCAAAACACUACUGCUGCCGGGUCAGGAUCUCACGUGGUGGGUGCCGUCCUGGGUCUUUACGCCAUCCUCCAUCCCGCAAUGAGCUGUAUCGCCCGAUUUCAUGUCCAGCUCCACCUGCAGUCCCGGGAGAGGUGCUCCCCGGGGGCAG